UUUCUCCUCUCAAGGAUGAGGACAUCUGAUCUCAAGUGGCUUUUUAAUCAGGCAGGAAAGCAUUCAAGGAGUGUUAAAAAGCAGGACAUGGCUAGACAACAACAGGGAGUGCUUAACGCACUAGAUACUGCAAAGACCCAAUGGUAUCAUUUCACGGCAAUCGUGAUAGCCGGAAUGGGAUUCUUCACCGACGCAUAUGAUCUUUUCUGCAUCUCCCUCAUUACCAAGUUACUCGGCCGCAUAUACUACACAGUUGAAGGCUCGCCAAAGCCCGGGACAUUGCCUCCCAACGUAGCGGACGCCGUGACUGGCGUCGCAUUUUGCGGCACCUUAGCCGGGCAGCUCUUCUUCGGCUGGCUCGGAGAUAAGCUGGGCCGCAAAAGGGUCUACGGUCUUACACUACUUCUCAUGGUCGUUUGCGCCGUUGGCUCGGGGCUCUCUUUCGGCAAAUCAGCAAAGGGUGUCAUGGCCACGCUGUGCUUCUUCCGCUUCUGGCUUGGCUUUGGCAUUGGCGGCGACUAUCCUCUUUCAGCGACAAUCAUGUCCGAAUACGCCAACAAAAAGACUCGUGGGGCGUUCAUUGCGGCGGUUUUCGCCAUGCAAGGCUUUGGAAAUUUGACUGGUGGGAUCGUUGCUUUAAUAGUUUCAAGCGCUUUCGAUCAUGCCUACAAGGCUCCCGCAUAUGAUGUUAAUCCGGCAGCCUCGCUACCAGCUCAAGCCGAUUACGUUUGGCGCAUAAUUGUAAUGGUUGGAGCCAUCCCCGCCGCCCUCACUUACUACUGGCGUAUGAAAAUGCCGGAGACGGCUCGUUACACCGCCUUGAUUGCCAAGAAUGCAAAACAAGCAGCGCAAGACAUGUCUAAGGUGUUACACGUGGAUCUCGUCGCUGAAGAAGAAAAGUACUCACAGAAUCUGCCUGCUCAAGAGUCGAGCAAUAAUUCUUUUGGUUUAUUCUCCAAGGAAUUCGCGAAACGCCAUGGGCUUCACCUGGUCGGAACCGCUGUUUGUUGGUUCUUGUUGGACAUUGCCUUCUACAGCCAAAAUCUUUUCCAAAAGGAUAUCUUCAGCGCUAUUGGGUGGCUACCGCAGGCGCAGACAAUGAGUGCUAUUCAUGAGGUUUUCAAGAUUGCAAGGGCGCAAACACUUAUAGCCUUGUGCGGUCUUAUUCCUGGGUAUUGGUUUACGGUGGCCUUGAUUGAUAAAUUGGGACGGUUCAAAAUCCAAUUGAUGGGUUUUUUCUUCAUGACCGUCUUCAUGUUUGCGCUAGCUAUCCCUUACAAUCAUUGGAAGAAAAACCAUGCUGGGUUCCUUGCGAUGUACUCCCUCACCUUCUUCUUCGCAAAUUUUGGACCCAAUUCCACCACAUUUAUUGUACCAGCAGAAAUUUUCCCCGCAAGACUGAGGUCUACUUGUCAUGGAAUAUCAGCGGCAUGCGGGAAGGCUGGAGCCAUAGUUGGGGCCUUUGGAUUUUUGUAUGCUGCCCAAAACACGAACCCGGCAUUGACAGAUGCAGGAUACCCACCUGGAAUUGGAAUAAGGAAUUCGCUUCUUAUGCUCGGCGGGAUCAACUUCUUCGGAAUGUUGUUUACCUUCUUGGUGCCAGAAUCGAAGGGCAAAUCGCUCGAGGAAUUGACGGGCGAGAAUGAGGAAGAAAGUGAGCAGCCAGCAGAGGAGAAUCAGGCCUCCUAUACUAGAACUGUUCCUGUGUGAUUUGAGUUUAUCAGUUUGUUUACCACAAAGGUUCAUGAUAUAUUGUGAAUAUACAAACAGCAUGGCUUUUCUAGUGUAUAUAUAUAUGUGCACUGCAAUAAUUAUGAAGAUAUUUUGCUUUCGAAUGCAAAUACAAUCUCGAUCUCUAGCUACAAA